AUGUCGGAGACGCCUGAAACUUUAACAUCGACACCGGUUGCAACAGAGCAACCAUCAAUCAACGGAGAAGCUAGCAAGAAAACAGCUGAAGCAUCCCCUGCUACUGAAGCAGGUACUGGCGAUGAAUCGAAGUCCUCAACAGAUAUUGAGAAUGCCCAGAGAGCGUUCCAGGAAAAAGCUAAGUCAUACUUGGUGGAUCAACAGCAACAUGUUGUUCUUCCAUCCUUUUCUGCGUGGUUUAACCUCAAUGACGUUCAUUCCAUUGAAAAGAAGCUGUUCCCAGACUUCUUUCCCUCCAAGACAUCUCCAGACGAAUUCCACUCUGUUUACAAGACUUCAGAAGUUUACAAGAACAUGAGAGACUUCAUGAUCAACGCUUAUAGAGUCAAUCCAUUGGAGUAUUUAACUGUAACUGCCGUAAGAAGAAAUUUGGCUGGUGACGUAACAAGCAUUAUUAGAAUCCAUCACUUCUUGGAAAAAUGGGGGUUAAUCAAUUACCAAAUUGACCCAAGAACAAAGUCGAGUGUAGUUGGUCCUCAAUACACCGGACACUUCCAGAUCACAUUGGACACCCCAAGUGGAUUGGUUCCCUUCGUUCCAACCAAGGUGACCGCAUCCACCAACACAGUAGGAGAAGAAAAGGAAGACACCCAUAAAGUAGAAGUUAAAGAAGAAGCAAAGGAGGAAACCGAGCAAGUGGUCCCACUCAAUCUUGAAGUGCGCAGGAAUGUGUAUACUAAGGAUGCAGAUCUUUCCAAAAACAUAUCCAUUGACUCUAUCCAGUUCUUUUGCAAUGUUUGCGGAAAAGAAUGUACAAAGUCCAGGUACCACAAUCUCAAGGUGAAAUCCUACCAUAAUAACCCCAACUCCACGUCAAAUAAUGCAGCAGUAGUAUGUGUUGAUUGCUUUGACCAAGGCUUAUUCCCGCUGAAUUUCUAUUCCAGUGACUUCCUCAAGUUGAAAGAAGAAGUGGACAGUGGGAACACUUGGACUGAACAAGAAGUGUUACUCUUAUUAGAAGGAAUUGAGAUAUUCGGUAGCUAUGAUACUGGAAAUCCAGCAACAACCCAAAAUAGCAAUGGGCAAUGGGACAAGAUAGCAGAACAUAUCGGCACCAAGUCAAGAGAAGAAUGCUUGGUUAAGUUUAUACAAUUGCCAAUUGAGGAUAGGUACUUAACCAAAUUGUCAGCCCCAAAGAAAUCUGAUAAAAACAAAUCUAAUGGCAACGCUAGUGACAAAAAAGUAUCAACCAAUUUUAUUGAAGAUAUAGUUAAGAAAAUCGUUUCUAAUCCCCAGGCAAGUAAUUCCGUUAGUGGAAGUGCAACUAGAACCGCUGAUGCCAUAUCCGAGGACCAAAGGCAAUUGAUAGAUCAGAUCCUUGAACUUACGUUGGAAAAAGUUUCUAUUAAAUUGCAAAACAUAGACCUUUUAGAACAAAAUUUAAUAGAACAAGAAAAGAAAAUUCAAGACGAAAGGAAACAAGUUUUAUAUGAAAGAUGGUCUCAAUUUGAAAAGAUAAACAAAUACAAACAAGCACAUCCAGAAUUAUCUGUCAUAUUUGAUGACUUGUUAACUCCCGUCAAAGUUCAGGAAGUUGUUAAAGUGAAGAAGAGUGUGGAAAAUAAGGAGGACAAGAAUGGAGGAGAGAGUAACGAUGGUAUGGAUAUUGAUCUGGUUAAUGCAAUUUCCAAUGGAUCUGAAGCAAGCUCCAAUCCUAUUAGCUUAUCUAACCCAAAGAGCUAUCAAUUCUGGUCAGGCUAG